AAAUGAACCUUGUUCUCGUUGUUGGGUUAUUUCUUUGCCUCGAGUCAGCUUCAACGACUGCGACGCAAUGCUUAAGUUGCGCACCAAUGGUCAGCAGUGCCCAAUGUGCUACCACCAAAACUUGUUUAGAUGGGCAAGAAUGCUAUGCUAAGUACGUGUUGAAACAGAAUGGAACGGUAAUUUUCGAAUUCGGAUGUCACGAUUUUCAGACAUGCCCUGACCAGAUACCUAAGGUAACUGCUGGAACCCAUGUUAUAAUUGGCAAGCGAGCGACCGGCGAAACCGAAUUGUGCUAUAAAUGCUGUCAUGGAGAUCUGUGUAAUCAAGAAACACUUUGCACAGGCAUGACCACAACAACCCCUGUCAGCCCGUGUUCCCCCAGCCCCUGUUUGCGUGGGUCCUGUUUCAUAGGCAGCGGAAAUAAUCCCACAUUCUUCUGUCUGUGUCCAAGUGGCUUCACUGGACUUCACUGUGAAACGGAAAUCAACCCGUGUUCCCCCAGCCCCUGUUUGCGUGGGUCUUGCUUCAUAGGCAGCGGAAAUAAUCCCACAUUUUUCUGCCUCUGCCCGAGCGGCUUCACUGGCAUGACUUGUGAAACGGUCAUUUCUACAACUACUGCAAAGACAACGCCGAUUCCAACAGCAACAACGACAGUUCCGACAACCCUUGCCAACCCGUGUUUCCCUAGCCCCUGUGUGCGUGGAUCCUGUUUCAUAGGCAGCGGAAACAACCCCGCAUUCUUCUGCGUAUGUCCGACCGGCUUCACUGGGCUGCACUGUGAAAUAGAAAUCAACCCGUGUUCCCCCAGUCCCUGUGUUCAUGGGUCCUGCUUCAAAGGAAGCGGAAACAGUCCAACGUUUUUCUGUCUGUGCCCGAGUCAAUUCACCGGACUGCACUGUGAAACGGUCAUUACGACAACAACUGCAAUUUCAACGACAACGCCUAGUCAAACAGCAACAACAACAACAACAACAGCAACCACGACCCCUGUCAACCCAUGCAAUUCAAGCCCCUGCGUGCACGGAACGUGCUUCAUUGGAAGCGGAAACAGCCCAUCUUUCUUCUGCCUGUGUCCAAGCGGCUUCACUGGACUGCAGUGUGAAACAAUUUUUCGCUCAACUUCGUCCACAACAACGCAAACAACACCAACAUCAGCAAUCAUGACAAGAGCCUCUGCAACGACCUCUUUGAAAACAACACCAACGUCAGGAGCCGCCGGCCAGUUUGUCACCCUGGACGGAUACUGCCAGCAGACGUACAACAACAACUCCUACCUCUGCAGGAAACAGUACAGAACCGGUUACGAAUACGCAUGCGCGUCCCUUUACUGUUACGACGACGGACAACUCUUCGAAAAGUGCAUGUUCAGCAUUCCUCCGCCAGACGGCACGCUAUGCGGCAACGGAAAAUGGUGUAACGCGCACAGUUGCAGCGUUAAUAGGAACGCUCGGGUCACUUCCGAUGCGUGCCCGUUGGGCGAUUCCGAAAAUCCGGAUGUUCUGAUGGGCAAAAACUGCCAGGAGCUGUUUGCUAUGCGGCCGAGCUUAUGUCUGCUACCGGAAGUAGGGAACACGUGGUGCUGCGAGAGUUGUGCGGCGUUCAACAGAAGUACUCCAGACUCGUUUUUCGGACCUACGUUAAGCGCCGACGACGACUGCAAGUCCAUCUUCGGACUCAAGUCGUACUUCUGCCAGACGGACAGUAACUACGGCAAUCGCGACUACUCCGGUAUCUGUCUGAGCAUGCGCUGCUUUAACCCCACCAAACUCACGUGUGAUCCAUUUCCUGCCGGGGACGGCGUCCCGUGCGCCAGCGGCAAGUGGUGCGUAUCCGGUCGAUGUGUCAACUCCAGCUUAGCGUCAGUCGAUCCAGUAGCGGACUGUCUAUAUGGCGAUCAGUACGAGGCGUUCUGCAGAGCCAACGUCGUGUACCCGAACAUCGGCAAAUAUUGUUCCCAGUACGAGGCCGGAUGUUGCGCGUCGUGUCUGCGCCACAAGAAUUCGUCUUUUUCCGGCUGCGAGUACGGUGACGCCACGCCCGUUGAAUGUCAGGCUAAGAAGAAAGACGGCUCCAUCAAAACCACGUGCCUCAACGACCCCGCUAAUUGCUGUGACACGUGCGCUCACCUGAGCUCUACUGGAAACCCAGACUGUCCGUACGGUGACGUCAAUGUGGCAACGUGCAAUGCGUUGAUGAACGAUACUAACGGACCCGGAAACUGCUAUAGCCAGUCGCGGCGUACGGAGUGCUGUGACUCAUGCGCGGAGUACUACAACGCCACCCACCACGGUUGCGAGUACGGCGACCACUGGAAGGACUACUGCGCCGAGAAUGUAGUCCCGCCCAACGUGGCCACCGUGUGCGGCAAGUACGCCGAUCAGUGCUGCGAGACAUGCCGAAACUAUCGGGACCAAGGGUUCCCAGGCUGCCAGUACGGCGACAUUGACCCCGCCCGCUGCAAGGCGUACAUGGCAGACGACAAGGGCACAGCGAACUGCUACAAUACCGCCAUCCGGUCCAUGUGCUGUCUCACGUGCCACAAGAUUGAGGACAAGAACGCACGUGGCUGUGUGUAUGGUGACAGCAAGCCACGUGAGUGCGAGAGCCAGUUCAACGACACUCUGGGUUACGGCCACUGCUACAAUCUACAGACACAGAUUGACUGCUGUCGGUCAUGCGAACAGGCGAAGAACAAAUCCAUGAACGGCUGCGAGUGGGGCGACAAGGACUUCGCGUUCUGUUCAAGCCUCACCAGUGAGACGGCGUUCCUUUGUUUUCAGCAGAGCGACGCCUGUUGUGAGACGUGCCAACAGUAUGUAGUCUCAAACAACGCAGAGUGUCGCUAUGGUGACAAGAGCCCUGCCAAUUGUCAACUCUUCAUACCGAACGAGGAGGCAGCGCGGACUCAAUGUCAGAUAAGAGGGCUCGACUGUUGUGCGACCUGCAGUCGACUUGGACAUCCGGGACCUGGUGGCCACGUGCUGAGUUCCGGAAGUGCUUCCAUGCUUGGAUAGACACCCGGAGUAUGCCUCCAGCAGACAUCCAUUGUGACAUUGUCCUUGUUCAGAUUUUUUUGUUUGAUAAAGUCAGAAUGUGCUUUUCUGUUCAAA